AUGGAUUAUUACCAUAAACAGACGUUACAUGGCGGACCACAACUCAUGCUCUCGGUUAUACGCCGCAAAUUUUGGAUUCUCGGGGGUCGCCUGCCGGUUCGCUCAUUUAUUCAUCGAUGUGUAACCUGUACACGUCAACAAGCAGUUACCGGGCUUCAACAAAUGGGACAGCUUCCGGCCUCUCGUGCAACUCCAUGUCGACCUUUCUAUCAUACCGGGGUCGAUUAUGCCGGACCUCUAACACUCAAGACCUUUCGCGGACGAGGUGCAAAAACUUACAAAGGAUACUUUGUAAUCUUUAUCUGCUUCAGCACCUCAGCUAUGCAUCUCGAGGUGGCGACAGAUUAUUCGACCGAUGGAUUCAUCGCCGCCUACAAACGGUUCACGGGCCGCAGAGGGAUUUGCUCCACAAUCACAAGCGACUGCGGCACCAAUCUCAUAGGAGCGGAUUUCGAAUUAAGGCGACUGUUCAAGGCCUCAACGACAGAAUGGACUCACAUCGCCUCCCAGCUCGCCAACGAUGGAGUUACGUGGAAGUUUAAUCCACCCUCGGCCCCUCACUUCGGAGGAAAGUGGGAAGCUGGAGUGAAAUCGGUCAAAUUCCACCUCAGGCGAGUCAUAGGUGACACGCUGCUCACCUAUGAAGAGAUGAACACGCUCUUAAUUCAGAUCGAGGCGGUUCUCAACUCUCGCCCUCUAAGCGCUCUCUCGGAUGACCCAACGGAUGUUUCAGCGCUCACGCCAGGGCAUUUUCUAAUCGGAUCACCACUGUACCGGAGCCCUCUCUGGGUGAUGUCCCAGCAUCUCGGCUGUCGCGCUGGCAGCUACUCCGCCAGAUGA